GCGGCGGGCUCGUGCAGAGCUGAGCUGCCCCGUUCCGCUCCGCCCGCUGAGUUUUGCUCCCGUUGUGCAGCUGAGGUGCGCGCGGCGCUGUGGGCGCUGCUAUGGGCGCCGCUUGGGACGCACCGCCUGCCGUUCCUCACAGCCUCCUGCCCUCAAGCGCUCUGCCAACAUUUAGGUGCCUUGUUAACUCUCUGCUGCGUUUCUCAGGUGUUACUGGGUGUUCUACUCCGGAAUUUCCGCGUAGCUUUGCUGUCACGUUUGUUUUUAAAACACUUCAGUUACCAGUUUACUUGGGAAAAAAAACACGGAAGGGCUCGUUUACAACUGGUUUAUGACCGCAGGGCGCGGGCGGAGGAAGUGCCGGUGAAGCUCGUGCUCUCGUGCUGUAUCUUUGUUCAGGUUGCUUUGAAAGGCUCUUUUAAAGAGCGACACGCGGGAUAUUAAAAAGUAAUGCCGCAGGAAAACUCUUGAGAGUGGUUCGUAUGGUUCAUCUACUGCUCGUUCGACAGACUGCGGUGUUUGCAGGGAUGGUGGCUCUCAAAUGGAGGAGCGGCACCCAGCUGUGCCAGCGGGCAGCCUGCAGUGCCAACGGGCGGGGCGUGCAGGUGGAGCAGAACGCGCUAUCCUGCAUCGAGACCUUCCUCUGCGCCUCGAGCUCCUGGCUUCCUCUUGGUUGGCAAGUCCAAGCUGUACUGAGUUUUCAGGUGGAUGUCGGCAAAUGGAUGUUUUGCCUGUGAAAUACUGAAAAGCUAGUGUUGGGCACUGUUUUGUAGACAAAUUUUUUUCAGUGUAGAAGUGAGCUGGAUUGCAGUCUGGCAUUGCUAGUGGUUCUUCUGGCAGCUUUUUGCUGGGUUAUUACAAGCCAUCUUUUCCAUUUUCCAUGCGCCUAAUGAAAUGUAACUAGAAUGUGGGAUGUCCCUUCGUUUUUUGCCACAACUACAUUGUUCUUUUUAUUUGCCCUUUGAAAUUGAACCAGCUCUUCUCAAUGAGGUAGAAGACUGGUGAGGUAGCAGCUGAAGGGAUGCACUUAUCUUGCAUGUCCAUAUGGAGUCAAGUCAGAUGGCAGUAUUGAAGGACCCGCCCUAAUGGUAUAUCAUCCUUCCGUGCUGAGCUUGUAAAGCCUUUCAUGGCUAUUCUUGGCCUCUGCCUUACUGUAGAAGGCAAGGGCAAACAAGAUUGAAGCUUGCUUAGGCUGAAAUAAAUUUAAGGAAACCUGGAAUUGCAGGUAUACCAAGUGCUCAAUUUCUAAUAGACCUCUUGUUUUCUCAGUGCAGUCCUGAGAUAGAAGCCUGUUGCCUGCAAUAGUGUUGCAUGUUAGCUGUAUAAAUCGCACCUCAUUUGAACACAGCUGUGGAAGGAACAUGUGGUGCUCUGCAAUGAGUUGGUGCUUCCUUGUUCCUGCAUGUCUAUGGACAAGAAGUGUGAAGCCUUCCGAGAGGAGCUUGCUAGAGCUGGAACACAGCUUUGAGCAAGAGUGCUUUGCAAGUAGUCCAGUGAGUGUGAGCCAGUGAAUCUAAUAGCAGGUACUUGAACUGGGCAGGUAGAAACACUGCUCUUGAUCCUGCCAGAACCCAGUUUGAUGGCACCUGAUUUGUCAUCCCCAGUGAUGCAUGGAGAUAUGUGAUACUGCUGCUGAUGAAGCACGACAGAUCAGUUCUAAUUUUUUACUGGUGAAGACAGUUAUUCAUGGGGACAUGCAUCUGUCUCUUGCUAUUUUGCUCACAGUAAGAGGACUCUAAAGCAGAUACAAGUCUGCUUUUUGAGUAUCAAACACCAAAUGGUAGUGUAUCUGAAUUUGUCAGACAUCUCGAUAAGCCUGUUUAAACAGCAUGUAAAAGUAAAUGCUGUAGUCUAGAAGCACAGAGGACAGUUUUUUCUCUUUCUGAAAACCUAUUGUAUCAAGUUCAGUAUUUCCUUCUGACUCUUGGGAGAUUUACUCUCCCCUUGAAUUUGCCACUUGCCUUGCAGAGGUAUAAUCUUUUUGACAGCACUCUGCAUAAGGCUAAGUGGUGGAAGACAAUGUGUAAUCAUCCCUGUUCUAUUUCUUUGAUCUUCCUCAACAGUGUGUUAACCUUAAAAUUCUCCAUGAAAGAUGGUAUUGCUCAGUAUAAAAUGCUAUAAUCCAGCUUCAGAUGUAGGCUUUGGUGUUCUUUUUUUUUGUGUGUGUUAUGGAAACUGGCUAUGAAAAUAGGCCUUUAAAUGAUUUCGUGGCUCAGUAUUGUACAUAAAUGUCCUUCAGCAUGUGUGUGCAGGUCUUUUUGUGACAAUUUAAUGCAGGAAAAGUAAUAUUAAAGAGAGAAAGCAUAAUUAAAUGCUUGCAUAGAUUUCUGUGAUGCACAAAAGGAGGGCUCUGAGCUGCAUUAUUGAUAAUUUAUUGUGUGGGUGUUUGACAAGCCCACACGUACCUCAGUGUACAGCCCUGCAGAUGCAUUCCUCAGCAUUCUGCAGCACUGUUAAUAUUUUAUUCAUAAAUCCUACUAUUGAAACCGUAAAGUGUCGUAAGCAGUGUUAGUGCUUGGGAAUUUGAUGGCUUUUGGCUAGUCAUAUUUUGCUGUAAACUAAUCAUGGUUCUAACACACAAAGGGAUAAUUAAUACAUGCGAGGCAUCCAUAGCUUUAAAAUCUGUUGUCUAUUGCUAUUUCUCUUUGAAAAAUAAUUUUCCAAAAUGUUCAUCUUUAAAACCUUUUAUCUCUUCAUAAAACAGAAAGCAAAUUUAUCUAUUAAUAAGGCAAAAUGGGGAAAAGAAUAUUUUGUUGUGACUUUGGUUAGGUUUGCCUUACUUUAUGAAGUCAGUACCUUUGUCUAGAAGGUAACAAAGUUCUGCUUGUUGUCAAAUGGGGAACGAAUUUUUGGUCUGUUCUAGGUACCACGUAAUAGUGAAGAGGCUGGGGAAAAAAAAUCAAUCAAAAGAAGUGGAUGCCCUAGCAUAGCUUAGUCAGUCAGAAAGGCACGUCCAUCAAAAUGAGCAUCGCCUUCAUCUUGAAAGCAGCCAUGGCCCCUCACCCCCGAUCAUGGCUCUUGCAGCUUAGUUCUGGCAGUGGUCAUAUUGCAGUGACAGCUUUGUUCCAGGUUUGUGCAGUAUGCAGUCUAUGCAAGUAUGGUAGUCACCAUUUGGUGCUGGGGCUUGAAUUCCUCCCAAAGACUGUUAGCUCCAAAGCACUGAACUCCAUACCAUCCAGUGUUUUCUAGCCAGAACUAUUUUUGUUUCACUUUUCUGGAGGAGUAACUGAAUCCUUUGCUCAGCUACAGAGCUUAAACGUGAUCUUGUCUUUAACUGGAAGUGCUCAGGUGCUUAAAGUCAGUAUAUACUAAUUUGCUAUUUAAGGAUAUAGGUCUGAUUGUUUAUUGUUCUUUCUGUCUCAUUUCCCUCUUGCUGCUGAAUACCAGUUGUUGAUGGAAGAGGGGAGAUCUUUAAUCCUCAAUAGAGUUUUGGAGAAAUUGACAGCUCUACAGUUCUCUGUUCUCUAUUUCUUUGCACCAGAAAUGACCCUGCUGCUCUUUGUCACCAGUGUUUCCUUUUAUCACUCUCCUGGCAGCUGCUUUUGCUCCAUUUUGAUGUCGGAACAACAAAUGAACUCCCUCUGAAGCUAAUGUCAUGCCAGCAGAUUUUGAAGCAGCAAGAAAAUCAUUUUUGUCUCUGAAGACAGAAUUGGAGACCUUUGUGAAUGAGCUGUGUUCUUAAAAUAACUCUGCAGCAUGUUAUCCCCAGAAGGAAUACUGUCCUUCAGAGGCCUGGCUUCUGCUCAGUCACUGAUUCCAGUGACAACGAAUAGAAUGACCCAGUUGAAUUGAUCCAAAUUGAUGACAUGCCUCUUGCUAAGCAUUUUGCUCACGGCGUCAUGGCUAACAGGUCUCACUUUCUGCUGGACUUCGGCAGAGCUGAUCUGUGAGGAUAAUCGAGGCUCUUCUGCUCUGAAUGCUCUGAAAACCUUGGUAAUGGCUCCACUACCCAGUGCUGGGUCAGUUCGGAACGCUCUGCAGUUAUACCGUUAUUUGCUCCGAUGCUGUAAGCAGCUUCCUGAAGAGAAUAUUCGUCAGCAUUACAGACAUGCAAUCAGGCAGAGUUUCAAAGUUCAUGCUGAUGAAGAUGAUCCUGAUAGAAUACAGCAAAUUAUUAAGAGAGCCAUUGAGGAUGCUGACUGGAUCAUGAAUAAAUAUAAAAAGCAGAAGUAGAAGAAGGAUGAAGACAAGAAUGUCAUUGGUAAACAUCCUUAGAUGACAUCAGUCAAUUGCAUGUUCCCUGUGAUCCUAAUUUCUACACUCUCCAGAAAAGACUCCAUUCAGCUGAGUUCUGUGCGCUCAAUGGCAUGAUCACUGAAACCUGCAACCUUACACAGGUAUAAAGGCUUUCACAUCUUUUUGAAUUGUGCAAUAAACAUCCUUUAAAAAUG